CCGCCCGGUGGGACGGCGUCUCGCACAGCCGGGCUGGGCGGCGGGACAGCGGGCGCACGGCGGGACAGCGGCUGCAGCCAUGAGGGAGAUCGUGCACAUCCAGGCGGGACAGUGCGGAAACCAGAUCGGGACCAAGUUUUGGGAAGUGAUAAGUGAUGAGCAUGGCAUUGACCCAGCCGGAGGCUAUGUGGGUGACUCAGCGCUGCAGCUGGAAAGGAUCAAUGUCUACUACAAUGAAUCAUCUUCCCACAAGUUUGUACCAAGAGCAGUCCUGCUGGACUUGGAGCCGGGAACCAUGGAUAGUGUGCGCUCUGGUCUUUUUGGUCAGCUCUUCCGGCCCGAUAAUUUCAUCUUUGGACAAACUGGUGCAGGAAACAACUGGGCUAAAGGACACUAUACAGAAGGGGCAGAGCUGGUUGACUCUGUUCUUGACGUAGUGAGAAAAGAGAGUGAGCACUGCGACUGCUUGCAAGGAUUCCAGCUCACUCACUCCCUGGGAGGAGGGACAGGGUCUGGCAUGGGAACCCUGCUCAUCAGCAAGAUCCGAGAGGAGUUUCCAGACAGGAUAAUGAAUACCUUCAGUGUCAUGCCUUCUCCUAAGGUUUCUGACACCGUGGUGGAGCCGUACAACGCCACGCUUUCAGUCCACCAGCUGGUGGAGAACACGGAUGAAACCUACUGCAUCGACAACGAAGCUCUGUAUGACAUUUGCUUCCGCACCCUGAAGCUCACCACCCCCACCUACGGAGACCUAAACCACCUGGUCUCUGCCACCAUGAGCGGGGUGACCACAUCCCUGCGUUUUCCGGGCCAGCUCAAUGCCGACCUCCGGAAGCUGGCAGUGAACAUGGUCCCCUUCCCGCGCCUUCACUUCUUCAUGCCGGGCUUUGCCCCUUUGACGGCGCGGGGCAGCCAGCAAUACCGGGCACUCACGGUGCCAGAGCUGACCCAGCAGAUGUUCGAUGCCAAAAACAUGAUGGCGGCCUGCGACCCGAGGCACGGCCGGUACCUGACGGUGGCCACCGUCUUCCGCGGCCCCAUGUCCAUGAAGGAGGUGGACGAGCAGAUGUUGGCCAUCCAGAACAAGAACAGCAGCUACUUCGUGGAGUGGAUCCCCAACAACGUCAAGGUGGCGGUGUGUGACAUCCCUCCUCGUGGCCUCAAGAUGGCCUCCACCUUCAUUGGCAACAGCACUGCUAUCCAGGAGCUCUUCAAAAGGAUCUCGGAGCAGUUUUCCGCCAUGUUCCGGAGGAAGGCCUUCCUCCACUGGUUCACGGGAGAGGGGAUGGAUGAAAUGGAAUUUACGGAAGCAGAAAGCAACAUGAAUGACCUGGUUUCAGAGUAUCAGCAAUACCAAGAAGCAACAGCAAAUGAUGGAGAGGAAGCGUUUGAAGAUGAUGAAGAAGAGAUCAAUGAAUAAAAAAGUUAGGUGCAAGGUUUUUUCCAGGCCAAAUUCUCAAAUCUGGAUUUCUGAUAAUUAGGCUUGUAAAUCCAUACUUACAUUUAAAAAGCAAUAAAAAAGAGAGCAUGAAUUUCAAGUGUUAGAAGGGCUCUUCAGAGUCUGUUUGGAUCACUGAGGACACUCAGCAUUGCUGGAAAUUGGGCCAUUUCUAUUCAUGAGACAAAUGUAAGGCAUUCAGUUAAGACUUUGGCCUAAGAGUCUGAAUGUGGAGAUUGCUGGUUUGGGAUCUUUUUUCUUUAGGGCUGUCAUCCCUAAAGCUGCAGAAGAGAAGAUGUAAAAUAGGCAUGAAAAUCUACAAAUUAGAGCUGCACUAUUUUCAUCCAAUUAUGAGUAAGAAAAUCUUGUGAGCUUGAAGUAUUCUCUACCAAAUGUACAAUACUAAACUGCCAGAAACAAAAUUUAUUCAUGAUAAAAGAAAACAUUUUUAGAUAUUCUGUACAGUAACUGUUAACAGUGAUACUUGAUUCCAGUCCUCUAAAAAUAAAAUAAAAAUUAAUAGUACCCUCUCAA